GCGACACUGAUGCGGUUUAUUCUUGGAUGGAACGAGAGCCUUCACGUCUCCGAAAGCUAUGCAGCUCAUUCAUCAGGGAGGAUGACGGCGUGAUGCUGCUGGGCAGGGCGCAUGCGGGACUGAUUUGGGAACUGGCUCGCGCCGGACACCACGUGUUUGCGUGUGACGACACGACAAAAGAGCUCACGUACCUUUCCGAGUUUUUGGACUUCUAUGUGAAGGAUCCGAGGAACAGAUGCAGGUUCGAAAAGCCCCAAGUCAAGCACCGCAAGGACCGGAACAUAUACUAUAAGCUCGGUAGAAAGAGGGAGAAAGUGUGGGCUUACUUGUUCGGUGACGCUCCACAGUCGGCGGUUGAUAACGACUACGUCAUCAGGAAAAGCAAACUCGAGAUAGCAAUGAACGAGUACCACGGCUCGCACAUGGGUGCUUUCCACAUGUUCGUCGCACGUUGUGCGCAUCUGUAUUUGAAUAUGAAGAAAAGAGCACCGGUAGGCCGGGACUAUGCAGACUUGGCACGUAAAGCCGGCAACAUCAACAACAUCGAUUGCGACGAAAACAUGUCAGACUCUGAUCUGGAUGUCCCGUCGCGCGCGGCACGAGGUGCGGCGGAGGGAGCGCGUGGCGAGGAGCCGCAAGGGAGCACCAACGGACCUGGGGGAAAAGCGAGUUCGAGCCAGUGGCAGAUGGCUGUGAAGAGAAGAGACCGAGGGUGGGUCGCGAAGGAAAAAAAAGACGCUGCGAUAUGGCACAGCGUGACGGAAACGCAAAUUUAUCGGCGAGUUUUGAAAGAAAACGUCGGUGCAAGCGAGGAAGCUAUAGCGGCAAAGGCGAAAGUUUUGUUCGAGCAUCUACGUGCGAACAAAAAGCUAGAAUUCAGCACAAAGUUCUACAACCUUGCAUCAAGUGUAUCGUACGGCUCCAUCAAUUGGAAAAUCGAACUGGCUUCAGCAGUAAAAGGAAUCGAUAGCAUCAACUCUCUGAAGACUCAGGACGUUAUCGCGUCUAACACCAUCAUUGAGAUUGCCAGAGGGGAUCCAUCCUGCGAAAAGGAUACACGUGCGAACGCAGGUCACGUGCAGGAUGAACAGCAGCGAGCAUGUGCUCAACAAAGCACUCCGAGAAGCGCAAUGGGGGAUUCCACAAUGAUACGCAAGGACGGCGACGACAUGGAGUUGGGCGCAUUGAUAGAGCAACCAACAGGGGGGGUCAACGAUGGGACAACAAACGUUGGAUCUUUCGGGUCUCUUGUAGCGGCAAUGACAGCGAGGCAAGGCAUAUCUGAGAUGAUGGAGACUGAUGCUGGCCAGGAUGAUGGAAGCCAGGCGGUGAAGGUGUCACAAGAGGAGGUGGCAGCAACAACAGAGCAGGCAACAAAAGGUGAGGGAUCCCGCGAACACAUGUCCAUAAUAGAUAUGACAUCGGAGAGUACGGGCGAGGAUAUGAUACAAGAGAAGGAACAGAAAGAUGACAACAAUGCGCCAAGAGUUGAAGGUGACCACGAACAGGACGUGCAACAACUGAGACGGCCGACGAGGCCAGUGAUUAAGAAAGUUGUGGUGGAUGCGUAGACAUUGCUUAGAUGGUCAUGGACGU